AUGCCCAUUCCUACCACCAUUACUCUGGCCUUGGUCAUUUGGAUUUUCCCUGCAUCAUAUGACCAUACCCUGAACAGAACUGCUUUCUCACCGCCAAUGGCUAGCAUAAGCAACGGCUUUAUUGUAGGAACGACGACCCGAGUGCCGUCAGCUCCGACCCAUGUGGUAAAUCAAUACCUCAGUAUUCCUUUUGCAAAGUCUCCGUCAAAACGGUUUUCGCCGCCUGAGGAUCAUGAGCCAUGGAACUCCAUAUGGAAUGCUACCAAUUACCGUCCUUCAUGUAUCCAGCACUUUGCGAACGAUGAGUUUAGAAAGAUUUUUAAUAGCGACCAACCUCCUGAGAGCGAGGACUGCCUUCACCUCAACAUUUUUACCCCCUCAACUAUAACUAAACGAGGCAGACCAGUGAUGGUCUGGAUACAUGGAGGGAGCUUCCAGUUAGGGUCUGCUCGCCUCUCUGAAUAUGAUGGCUCAUUCUUGGCCUCCAAUCACGGCGUCGUCGUCGUUACGAUGAACUACCGAACAAAUGUGUUCGGCUUUCCUGCCUCACCCGAAAUCCCUCCCGAUCAACGCAAUCUCGGAUUUAUGGACCAACGCAAAGCAUUGGAAUGGGUCAACCGGAACAUCGGAGCUUUUGGUGGAGAUCCAUCCAAAGUGACCAUAUUUGGCGAAUCCUUAGGUGGGUAUUCCGUGAAGCAGUUGCUAAUCAACCCUCCUCAGCCCUUGCCGUUCCGAGCUGCCAUUACUCGGAGCCAGGCAUUUGGGCCUUCUGGCGACGAAGAGGCAUCAUGGGCGACUUUGGUAAAGGAGCUAAAAUGCAACACCACUACAGCAGCACAUCAACACGCCUGCGUCGCCAAUGCGCCAGCUGAAGCCAUCAGAGACGUCCUAGACCAUAAGGGGCUUGGCUUUACUCCGGUCGUUGACAACAUCACUAACGGUCCUUUCUUCAAUGAUGCUUUCUACCAAGGGUCAAUCGCUGGAGUGCCUGUUCUCAUUGGGACGAACGCGGACGAAGGCACAGUGUUAACGUCCGUAAUGCCGCCCCCGGAACAGAUGCUUAGCGGCAUUUUUGGCAAUGACACUGGCUCUAAAGAGCUCGCGCGAUCAUAUUACUCCUCAAAUGCAACAAUGGCAGAGCUCGAAUCACGUAUUCUUACCGAUUAUUCCUAUACCUGUACCACCUCCGCCAUCGCCGAAUUGAUUGCUCAUGGGCAUCAGAGCGUAUGGCGAUAUUUUUAUAACGCGAGCUUUCCAAACAAUGAGCCAUUCAGAGAGGUUGGGGCAUGGCAUACUUCGGAAAUACCACUCGUUUUCGGUACUUACCGAGUGGAUAACGAAACCACAGCUUCGCAAGUCAAGCUCAGCGAUUCUAUGCAGAGUGCUUGGGCGGAUUUUGCUAAGCAUCCAGAAGAUGGGCCCGGUUGGCCAAUGGUUGGAUCGCAAGAUAAAGACCUCCGGGUCUUCGAUACGACUCAUGCUGUUCGAGGUAGGACGAUUGAUAGGAACUCGGUAGAUACCGUCUGCACCUUCUAUGAUGCAUUUGUUCAACUCAAUGGCCUCUAG